UGUUUUUUUAAUUUUUUGCGCAGAAUCAGAAUCAAACCUGAAAUCUUAAAUGAUUUGACAUUUCAAUGUCGAGACUGCAAGUGCAUCCUGCUUAGUUCUUAGUCGUUUUGUUACUUAUUUUUUACAUUUAUGAUAAAUAUUCAUUGCUCAAUUAAAACCACGUGAAUAGAAGAUUAUAUAAACAUGUUAUUUCAAAGAGUUAAAGUGCGUGACAUAGUGAGAUUUCACUUAAUAUCGAGACAAAUGCAUCUAAGUGGUAAAACAUACAUAAAUGGAGAAUGGGUUUCUGCAGUAAGUAACAAAACGUUUGAAGUUAUUAAUCCAGUGGAUGGCAGCGUUAUUGAUAGGGUUCCAGAUAUGGAUGUGGUUGACGCACAACAAGCCAUUGAGGCUGCUUCCAAUGCUUUCCAAUCAUGGAAAAACACUACAGCUAAAGAACGAUCUUCCUUGCUAAGAAACUGGUACAAUUUAUUAGUUAAGAAUCAAGAUAGACUUGCUAAGAUCAUGACUGCGGAGUCUGGCAAGCCUCUUGCUGAAGCCCUAGGAGAAGUGAACUAUGGGAAUGCUUUUGUUGAGUGGUUUUCUGAGCAAGCUAGGAAUGUUCGAGGAGAGAUCAUUGGAAGUUCCAAUCCAUCGAAAAAGUUUUUAAUUGAGCACUAUCCUAUUGGUGUAGCUGCACUGAUAACACCAUGGAAUUUCCCCCACGCAAUGAUCACAAGAAAAGCGAGUCCAGCUCUAGCAGUUGGAUGUACAGUUGUGAUAAAACCAGCAGAAGACACCCCAUUGACGGCCUUAGCACUUGCGCAGCUUGCAGAAGAAGCAGGAAUGCCAAAAGGUGUCAUAAACGUCAUUACCAGCAAUAGACAAAACGCCCCAGCUAUAGGUAAACUGUUAUGUCAAAGCCCUUUGGUAGCGGGCAUCUCUUUCACAGGCUCUACUCAGGUGGGAAAGAUUCUGUAUCAACAAUGCGCAUCUGGAGUCAAAAGAGUGGGACUCGAAUUAGGUGGAAACGCCCCUUUCAUAGUAUACAAUUCAGCCAAUGUUGACAAAGCUGUGGAAGGUGCUAUGAUGUCUAAAUUCAGGAAUUGUGGACAGGCUUGUGUAGCCUCAAAUAGAUUUUUGAUUCAGGAUGAGAUUUAUGACAGGUUCAUAAGUAAAUUAGUGGAACAGACGAAAAAUUUGAAAGUAGGUAAUGGAGUUGAUUGUGGCAUUAACAUAGGACCUUUAAUAAACCAAACCCAUUUCCUGAAAGUAUCUGAAUUGGUAAAUGAUGCGAUAUCAAAAGGUGCUACAGUUUUGGCCGGAGGAAAACCUGCGCCAAAUCUAGGAAAUCUAUUUUUUGAACCUACUGUAUUAACCGAUGUAAAUGAUAAAAUGAAAGUAUACCACGAAGAAAUAUUCGGACCCGUUAUUAGCAUUGUCAAGUUUAAAACAGAAGAAGAAAGUUUAAAGAUAGCUAAUAAUUCAGAAAGAGGUCUUGCAGCUUACUUUUUCUCUGAAGAUGUCAACCAGAUCUUUAGGGUUAACAAAAAUUUGGAGGCAGGUAUGGUCGGAAUCAACGAUGGUUUACUUUCUGCUGUAGAAGCACCAUUUGGUGGUAUCAAGGAAUCGGGUAUUGGUAGAGAGGGGUCACAUCACGGGACAGAAGAUUAUACAUACCUAAAGUAUACCUGUAUAGGUAACUUACAGUAGAUAAUAUUUGAAAGGUUUGCUUUGACACUUACGUCAUAGUGGAUUCUUUUUAUCUACUGUGUACACAAUCUUAAGAACAUAUUUAAAUGUUUUUAAUUUUUAUAAAAUUAAAAACAUUUUAUCUAAAUUUUUCAUUUAUAAUUUUAUUUUUAAGUAUAUAAAUUAUUUCUUGAGAUUGACGAUAGUUAGAAGAAGCAAAUAAUGUUAAAAAGAGCAUAGCAGCCUUUAACACGUUAACUGCUACAUGAAAUUUGUAAGAAUCAAAAUAAGAAACAAGCGGUAAAUGCGUUAAUGGUUGUUGUAAGUAGAAACAUAUUCUUAGGAUUGUAAUUGUUUACGAUGAAAUAAAAACUGUACGAGAAUUUAUAAUCUUUAAAAACUGUUUCAGUUUUAGCAGAUUAGUAGCAAGUAUAAAUGUAUAUUGAUUGUUCUUCUAUGGUUCUUAAUGCUUUUUGAUGUAAGAAUUUACAUCUUUCUCCAUUUGGGAUUGCUCAUAUUACUUAUGCGGAAUUUCUAAUUGUUUUUUCAUUAUCUCGAUACAUCUGAUUGGUGGUUGGGUUCGAUUUCUCUUCUAUUUUCCCUGGAACGUUUGCGUCUCUAUAUUGUAAUCAGAAGGUCAACAUUCUUGUAAAUUCGAUGUUAAAUAGGCAACAUGUUUCAAAUGUGUCCAUUAUUUCCUUAUCUACUAUUCUUAAUAUUUUUGUUGUACUUCUUGUUCUUCUUUGUUUCGUAGCACUACAACCCGGGAUGGGUGUUGACUGACUGCACAAUUCGCUUCCAUCUCGAACGGUCGUCCAUGAUGGUUGAAUUAAGUAGUGAGUAGCCCCAUUGCUCUUAAAGGCGACCAUAAUAUGUUAUCUUCCUAAUGGUCUUCUUCCUGUCGGGGAUUCCUCCCAGAUUAACUUGGUAAUGCAGUUGUUAGGGAGUCUAUGGACAUGGCCAGCCCACCUUAGACGUUGGGAUUUAAUCUCUUGGACUGCGUCACUAGCCCUAUAUGUAAAUCUGUUUGGUCUCGGCAUUUGUUUUCAUUCGGUAUUGGUUAGCCACUAUUACCAGCAUCAAAGCUGAAUAAUGACCAUUUGGGGCAAGAACUGGAUAUAUCCUCAAAUAGUUAGUAAAUUAUCUAUUUAGACGUCUAUAAUCAUAGUGAGAACAAUUCUUAGAGUUUUUACGUGAUUUUCACGUAAUAUUCACGUUAUUUUUUAUGUGGUCACACAUUUUUUUACGAUAUGAUUUGGUAAAACUGCUACCAAUAUACGUAAACUCAUUGAAUUACCGUUAAGUGAUGACAUCGUUGGUGUAAGUUGUAAAUAAACAAUGAUAUGAUUUACCACAACUCUGACUUAUCGGUUCAGUAUACAGGGUGAGUUCUUAGUGCGACAUUCACCAAUAUAUAUUUUGUAUAUCAAGUAACAAUCAGCUAGAAUUAAUAAACUUUUACUAUUUUACAACUUAAAAUUUAUGAAUUCUCGUACAAUUUCGAUAAGGGUGCACAUAAUGUUAAUUAACGAUGUGAGAGUACUGUAAAAACAGGGUUUGAUAUUUUAUAUGAAUUUUUUUGUUCCUUUUUGUGUAUAGUCUUGAUAAAUAUGGUCCUACAAUCGAUCUAAGAGAUUAAUUAAUAUUCAGCUCGGUGGGGUGCCAUUGUUCGAAAUUUGUAUUUGCAUAAACAAGGUAACAUUGUAUGAAACAGGUAGAUCCCUUGUUUAUGGACUUUCGCACCUAGAACAAUAGCACACCUCUGAGCCGAAUAUCAAUGAAUCUUAAACUUAAACAUGCCACAGGUUAACAGUGUUAGGUAACACAAGGGUAACGUAAAAUUUGUCUGCAUAGUAGCGAAAAAAAUAUGUUUUGUAUGUGAUCGACACAAUCGAGGCAGAUUUGCUUUGUAAAGUUGCCAUAUUUAUUAUUUUAUAAGGCCUAAUGUAACAGUUACUGUAAUUUUUAACAUGUAUAAAGGCGUAACAAUUGUAUAUUAUAGUAAUUGCCUAUGUCAUUCCUCUAGAUGUAAGAAUGUAGUGAUAUACUCAAAUUGUCUUCCAACAAUGUCUUCCAAAAUGGUAACUUCUAGUAGCAAUGUUAAUCAAGUAUUACGAAUAGCAAUUGAUACUUUUAAUGUCAAAGCUCUUUGUCUAUAGCUUUUUAUAUUUGUGGUUUUCUUUGCGGAAUGUGCUAAUCACAGAGAAAAAUAAGUAUUGUAUGUAUUUUAAAGAUUUAUCAGAGAAAAAAUAAGUUACUGCCAAGCUGGUUUUACAGCAAGAUAAUGAUGUAUGUACAAAUAAUUUGUAAAUACGUCGAUUAAUAGGAAAAAAACAAGCAACCAAUACCCCUCAUGAAACGCCAGGGGUCUUAAUUAAAAAUCAUUUAAGGAGCUACAUAAGUCUUAAAGGAGAAGAACAGCUUUUUCAAAUUGAAGGGUACAGGGAAAAAAGGGGAAUGUCAGAAAUUUUUAUUUUUUGUUUUAAUAAUCCAUUAGAUAGGUUAUAUUCUGCACUAUACUAUACGUAAAUAACACUGGUUAAAAAUGGGUUGUGUCAUGAGAUAAUACUAAUAAUAAAAUACCUAUACAGGAGAAGAAGGAGGAAUGCCACAUUGUUACCGGUUAAUUAGGGGGAAUGUCCGUUGUGAAUCAUGCAGAAAUAAGUAAAAACACAUUGUUUUCGUGUGUUCCCCAGAGUAAAUUUUCCAAACAUAUGAUUUUGAAAAAACAUCAAAAAUACGAUCAAAACAUAUCAAUAAUAUUAGUCUUAUAACUUUGAAAAUGCUCUCCUGAAAAAUUCAACAAAAGUGACAUAUGUACUUCCUUUUUUCCCUGUACCCUUCAAUUGUAUUUUAAAAAACAAAAGUUUAUCAUUUGAAUAAGUUUGCUAGUUUUAGAGAAAAAUGCCAUUGUGCACUUUUCUUUAGUGUUUUUUUGCAGCCAAUACUACAUUAUCCUCAAAGAAAACUAUUAAUAUUUAUAAUUACGAAAUAGUACCUUUAUAGUAAUUCCCCAGUAGAACUCACAAAAUAAUGUCUUGCAAUAAAUUGUUUAAAUUUUCUUCCUGUUUGUUAAUGUUGUGUACAGUCGUUUAAAAAAUGUUUGUCACCUAUUUAAACUAAUAAAUUAAACUGAUUAAAAUAAGCUUCAAUUUGUUGAUAGCAAUACUGGUUAUUCCAAACUUUUUGUUUGUUAUGUUAGUGUGCAUUAGGGCAAAUAAUUGUUGUAUUUACAAAUCAUUAUCUAAAGAUUUUUGUUGUUGUAAACCAAAGUGAUAAUAUAUACCUACAUGAAACAUACAA